AUGCUGCCGGCGGCGGAUUGGGCGGCCGCGCUCUCCUGGUUGGAGGCUGCGCUGGCCGCCUCCCUGGCGCUGGGCUUCCUGCUGCUCCUGGCGCGGCACCUGUGGGGGCUCCGCUGGCGCCUGAGCCGAGACCGCUCCAGCGCCCUGCCUCUGCCCAAGGGCUCCAUGGGCUGGCCCUUCUUCGGGGAGACGCUGCACUGGCUGGUCCAGGGUUCCAGCUUCCACAGCUCGCGGCGGCACAGAUACGGCGCCGUGUUCAAGACUCACCUGCUGGGCAAGCCGGUGAUCCGCGUGAGCGGCGCCGAAAACGUGCGCAAGAUCCUACUGGGUGAACACAGCCUGGUGAGCGCCCAGUGGCCGCUCAGCACCCAGAUCUUGCUGGGCUCGCACACCCUCCUGAACGCCAGCGCCGACACGCACCGCCAGCGCAGGAAGAUCUUGGCAAGAGUCUUCAGCCGAACCGCCCUGGAGAGUUACCUGCCCCGCAUCCAGAAGGUCGUGAGCUGGGAGCUGCGGAGCUGGUGCCAGCAGCCAGGCCCCAUCACGGUCUAUUCUUCCGCAAAGACCUUGACCUUCCGCAUCGCCACUCGGAUCCUGCUGGGGCUCAGCCUGGAGGAGAAGCAGUUCCAGGAGCUGGCCGGCACCUUUGAGCAGCUGGUGGAGAAUCUCUUUUCUUUGCCGCUCAACAUCCCCUUCGGCGGGCUGCGGAAGGGAAUAAAGGCCCGGGAUCUGUUACACGACUAUAUGGAGAAAGCCAUCUUGGAGAAACUGAAGCAGAAGGAUUCUGCAGCUCACAGUGAUGCUCUAGAUUUCAUCAUCAACAGUGCCAAGGAGCAUGGCAAAGAAUUCACCAUGCAGGAGUUGAAGGAGUCUGCCAUUGAGCUGAUAUUUGCUGCAUUCUUCACCACUGCCAGUGCUACUACUUCCAUGAUCCUUCUCUUGCUGAAACACCCUUUGGUCAUAAAAAAGAUCCAGCAGGAGCUUGCAUCCCAUGACUUCACUGGGCAUUGCCUUGCUGCAGAAGAUUCUCUGACAAACUGUCACUCUUUCACAGAGGCUCUGGUCAUCCAUGGAAAAGAGAGCAAAGACGGGGAUUCCAAGAUGCCUCUUCCACCCAAGUUGGAAGCAGAACAAGGCAGAGGGACAAAGAGGGAAGAGAGAGGCCCUAAAUUGGGUCCCAUUGCUAGAGUAACCCAAGGAACCUUCCAUGGGACUACAAACUGCCCUUGCUCAGUGUCCAAACAAGAAGAGGCAGGUAAAGUUCAUGGCAGCCUGGAAGGACAUGAGUGUUAUUGCCAGUCUUACCUGACCCUGGAGAAGAUGAGCCGCCUGCGCUACUUGGAUUGUGUCAUCAAGGAAGUGCUGCGCUUGCUGCCCCCAGUAUCUGGAGGCUACCGAACAGCCUUACAAACCUUUGAAUUGGAUGGCUGCCAGAUUCCCAAGGGCUGGAGUGUGAUGUACAGUAUUCGGGAUACGCAUGAGACUGCCAGCAUCUAUCAGAGUCCCCCAGACAUCUUUGAUCCAGAGAGGUUUGGGGCAUCACAGGAAGAGCACAAAGUAGCCGGCCCUAUCCGCUUUCACUAUAUACCCUUUGGAGGGGGAGUCCGAAACUGCAUAGGCAAAGAGCUAGCUCAGACCAUCCUCAAGAUGCUCGCUAUUGAACUGGUCAGCACAACUCACUGGGAGCUGGCCACAGCCCACUUCCCUAAGAUGCAAACUGUGCCUAUUGUGCACCCUGUGGAUGGCUUGCAGCUCUAUUUUCACCCCCUGAAGCCUGGAAGAGAAAGUAGUGAGACCAGCAAGACAAACUCUUGAGAAGCACAAAUAACUCAGCUGUAUCUCUAGCUUAGGACCAGCUUCUGGGAUGAAAUAUCAGACCCCUUUCAAUGUAGGUUUUUCAGCCUGCAUCAGCCCCUUUCCUGCCUGUUGGUUGUGGGAGAGGAAAGGAUGAAGUCCCUGUCCUUGGUCCUUAAUAGCUUGUGAGCCUCCUAUUAGCAUCUGUUCAGAGAAGUGAAUCUGCAGUGAUCAUCCCCUUCUGUAACUCUUAGCUGCACUUUUGUGUGUGUGUGUGUGUGUUGUACUACCUUGGGACCUGGUUAAGAGAAGUCAUGGUCCAAAACUAGAUGUCUCAGAAGGAAUACUAGAAAAUGCUGGUAUCAGAUUUUCUAUUAGGGAGAAGCUAUGUAUGUGUAGAUCAAGUAUGUAUAGAGCAGAGGGCUCGUUAUCUGAGAGUGCUCUGUAUUAAUAGCAGACGUAACCUGCUCCCUGCAAAAAGAUCCUUAGGACAAGACUGCUUUUCCAUCACAUCACAAUGGAGUGGUGGUUCUGUUCCUGAUAGGAAGGAACAACUCACUGAUGGAACUUUGCCAAUUUAACAAAUUAAAUAACCAAUUGCUUGCCAAACGGAUGUGGUAUGAAUACAUCACAAGGCAGGCUUAUGGGGCUGACAGAUAGGAGGGAUGGUGCCCAGCUGAGGGCAGGUGAAGGACAGCAUGUGGUCCCAGAGUAUGGUUCUGGGAGGAAGGACUGGAUAUAAAUUAAUUAAAUAAAUAAAUUCAGACAUUUAAAUCCAAAGCUGAUUGUAAACUUCAGCUAAACAGCAAAUGAAGAGCCAUUCCUAAGACCUAAACCCAAUUCUUGUGUAUGUCCUAUAUCACUUUUAAACGGUAAUUGGCAUCAUAGCAUACUUGAAUUAUUGAGGGAAAGCACCAAGCAAGCAAUUCUAGACAUAUCUACUCAGAUUGAAUUUAAUGGGAAUAACUCCCAGGUAAAUGUGUAUAGGACUGCAGCCUGAUUCAUUUGCCAGACUGCAUUGCUGUUGGCUGGCCUUAAUUUCAAACAUCACAUCAUUUACAUAUGCAAACUAGCUAUGGAUUUGGGAUGCUAGGCUGUCAGGAGAAAGAUGGACAGGAUUCCGUAGGUCUGAUUAACAACAUGAAUGCACAUUAUUUGAUUUCUUAUUCCUUUGUGCCUGACAGCUGCAUGUGUGAACAA